AUGGGAAAAUCAAGACGUUCGAACAAAACGGCGCCAAAGGAACUUGUUGUGGACGUGAUCCAUGUCUCUGAUCCACGCUUGAAUCAACCAGUUCCGGACUCAGACGAUGAGCAUCGAUCGUAUCCCCGUGCAAAGCCCAAAAAAGCCAAAAAGGAAAAGAAGUCGAAAAAGUCAAAGAAAGAGAAAAAAGAUAAGAAAGAUAAACUCGAAAGAAUUGUCGUCAAACCAGUCGAAGAAGAAACUGAAAACGAGCUUCCAAACUUGGAAUCUAAAGUCACACUUGAUGAAGAUAAAUCAGUUGCAGAAGAAAUCGCACCCUCUCAAGAAGAGCCAAAACGAAAAGUUUCUUUCGAGGACGGAACUGCUCAGGUCUUUGACUCUGCUGUUGCUCCUAGAAAGAUCCACGAGGGGUCCACGGAAACAGUACCUGUCCCGCCUGAAACGGACGAAGAAAAUCAAAAAUCAUCUGAAAACCAAGGAACCACUGAAACUGAUGUCAACGAAGAAGGUGUGCCACCUGCUCUUGUUGUGCAAGAUAUAUCAGACUUGACAAGCGAGGAAAUCCAAGCACAAGCAGAAGCCGCCGAAAAACAAGCCGAAGAAGCGAGAGGCGUUGAGCAUAGUGAAACUGAAGAAGGCCCAAGUGAGGCCGAAGAAACAGAUGAUGAGCUCGGAAAGAAAAAAUCCAAAAAGAAGAAAUCCAUGUCGAAAAAAUGGCCCAAGAUGAAGAAACCAAAGCCAGAGGGUGAAACUGAGGAUGAAGAUAACGAGAAAGCGGCGAAGAAGGGAAAGAAAACGAAAAAAGAGCUAAAGGCUGAAAAAGCGGCUAAGAAGGCGGAAGCCGCUCGGAAGAAGAAAGAACUUCACAACCUUGUCGACCAAGUUGCAGCGAGUUAUUCUAACUCUAUUUUGGACUUGCGGAAUCACGUUAAAGAUAUAAAAGAAGAUCACAAAGAAAACGUCGAGUUGGCAAAACAUCACCUUGGUUUUCUUCAAACAACAGUCACUCGACUAGACAACAUCGCUGAUGAUUUAAAAAUUUGCGACAAAAUUGUCGACGAAACGACCCCAUCGCUACUUGAAACUUUCAAAAGUUGCCGUGAAUUUCUGGAUGCCACAGAGUUGGCACUGGACGCGCAGUUCGAAACAGGCGCUGACGAGCUCAAGACAAAGGUGCACCAGCUCGACGAACACACGAAGAACAUCAAAGGUCUCAAAACUGGGGACAAGUCAAUCUUCGAGAGCUAUCACGACAACUUUGGCGCGCUAAAUACACGCGUCGAAAACCAAGAAAAAGCGCUCAACGAAAAGCUAGAGCAGUUCGAGCAGAGCAUGCAACAGUACAAGGAAAUACACUUCGAAAACGUGAAAAAUAAAAGUUCCUGUGAAAUCCUCUAA